AUGAUAAGAACGUCUCUUAGGCUCUACUCUUCAGCUUCAGUUCAGAUCACAACGAUACCGAAGUUUGCCCAAAGAUCAACCAUUUUCUCGUUGGUGCAACCUACAGGAAAGAUUCACCUCGGUAACUACCUUGGAGCAAUAAGAAACUGGAAAGAUAUCUCGGAAUCUCUGGAGAAUGAACAGGAGAAUACUUUUAUCUUUGGCUUAGCGGAUUUGCAUGCACUCACUCUCCCAAACGAGGCAUCUGUACUCAAGAGAAACAGGUACGAAGCCAUUGCUAGUAUCAUUGCUGCUGGUGUGGAUCCAGAGAAGUGUAUCUUGUAUCAUCAAUCUUCAGUCCCGGAACACGCUGAAUUAAACUGGGUGCUAACUUGCCUAACUUCCAUGGGGCUCUUGAGUCGUAUGACGACUUGGAAACUGAAGGUAUUCGACCUGGACAAUGCAGCAUUUGGUAGUAGUGAACAGAACAUGAAGGCAGGGCUUUUCUGCUACCCUGUAUUACAGUCCGCAGAUAUCUUGUUAUAUAAAUCUACGCAUGUUCCAGUGGGAGAUGAUCAGAGCCAGCAUUUAGAACUCAGUCGUCUGCUUGCCUCUAGCUUUAAUAAGCAAUUUAAGAGUGACUUCUUCCCAUUACCCACUACACUACUCACCCCUACGAAUAAAGUGUUGUCUUUGAGAAAUCCUACGAAGAAAAUGUCCAAAUCAGACUUGGAUCAAAACUCUUGUAUAUACAUCAAUGAAUCGCCAGAAGUGAUUCAAAAAAAGGUAAGAAAGGCCACCACGGACUCAAUUCAGGGUAAAAUAACUUUUGAUGAAGUUAAUAGACCUGGUGUAUCCAAUUUGAUUAACAUCAUAGCUGGGUUAAAAAGAAAUCUGAUUGAUCAAACUGUAGAAGAAUUGAGCUGGAUUACAAACCACAAAGAACUUAAAGAUUACAUAUGUGAGUUAUUAGAUACUGAAUUUAGAGAUACAAGGCAGUAUUUUGAAGAGUUGACAAGGAAUACCACUUACUUGGAUAAAGUUUGCAGGCUUGGAUCCGAAAAGGCUCGGGAAAUUGCGUCAAAGAAUAUGAGAGAGGUAAAGAGAUUGACGGGGUUAGAUUAA